CACCAGUUCUUCUCUUGGCUCGUGUACUACACGUUCCAAUCACAAAACCCAUUGGAAUGAACCCAUUGGAAAGUUGGCGACACCGCAGCAGAAGGGAGCGUGGAGUUUGAGCUUCUUUACCUUCACCAUCGCUAGCAAAUGCAUCUGCUUUUUCACCUUCUCGCUGCCCUUUAACACCGAAAGAGGAAGAAACGCAGAGCAGACUGCCCAGAAACACAGCUUACAUAUUUGGAAAUCAAGCUGAUUCCAAUGGCAGACAACAAGGAAGAAGACCCAGAAACAGCCCCACCUCCAUUUUACUCGCUGUUUAUGAGAGUUAUGAGCAAAAGAAGGACAUGGGUAUGUCUUUUUGUUCUGGUUUAUGCCCUUAUUUUGUCUUCUUCUUGGAAUUUCCUCGCUUCCAUACUCUCUUGGUACAAAUCCCAAGUGGGGGUUUCUUCUGCUUCAUUUGGGUGGCCUGCGAUUUACGCAUCUCUGCUUCUUGGGGCAGUUUUUGGGGUUCUUUCCAUGGUGGCUGCUCUGGCGGUGAUGGUUCCGGCCACGCUCGUCACUUGGAUCACCAUCGUCGUCUUGCUUUACUUCUUUGGGAAGCCGCGGAGGGCGCUGGUGGUGGAGGGGAGGAAGAUCACCAGAGAGAUUUUUGGGGUUGUGCUCAGGAUUUUGUUGAAGGAAGGGAAUGUGGUGGCUGCUGUUUGUGCUCUUCUGGGUUACUUUGCGCUCUUUAGGAAGACUAAUGACAGUUAAAAAGUUGCUUAAUUGCCUCACUUUUGAUGGCUAAUUUUGGUUGGGGGAGGAUUGAGGAACAGUUUGGGGUUUUGGAUCUAAUGGGUAUAUCUGAAAUUUCUGUGUAGCUGAAGCAAUGUUAUCUGGUGUUCUGGAUUUGGGAAAUUUGUUUCAUAGGGGUUUUUCUGGUUUACCUCUUCCUUGUAACUGUAGGAUUGUUGGGUUUAUGUAGAUUACCACUUGUUCUUCACUUUUUUGGCGUCAAGUUCAUCUCCUCAAAUGCUUCCCAACUGCAAAUUUACACUUGUCUUUUUUGUAAUGGAUGGAAUACAGGUAAAUCUGAAACUAAUUGGUUGGAAA